AAGCAGCUGUAGUCCACACAAACCGAGCUAAACGCCUUAACGAGGCGGCGCGCGCUCCCGCGUGCGGAAAUCAAUUUCUGGCAGACAGUCACUUUUGGCACGACACCGGACGGUUCGGACGGGAACGUUCGACCGACUGACAGCAUAUGUGUUAAGGAUUAAAUUCCACCAUGAGUCAGUCAGAGGAGAAACAUGAAGAGGUGCAAGUCAGGACCCUGUCAGAGGAAGACGGCGCCGAGAGAAAUGUAGACUGUGUGUCCAUGAAGAGUAACAACUCCAUGGAGCCUCCUGUGGUUUUUAAAGGAAAUGAAGAGAACAGCUGUGUGUCCCUGAGGAGUAACAACUCCAUGGAGCCUCCUAUGGUUUUCAAAGAACAGUCAGUUCCAGAAGUCCAUGAGGGAAAAGUCGAUGGCACUGACAGUCAGACACAACUGGGCUCCAUAUUUAUGUGUCUUGAAGAGAACAUUAAUGCUUUCAUGAAAACUGAGCUUAAGAAGAUCCAGAGGGUUCUGAGCAGCGAUUACCUCCAUGAAGUGGAGGACGAGGGUGAGGAUGAAGAGGCAGAUCAGUGGAAGAGCUUGAGAGAAGCUUUUCUACAGAUCGCACUGCAGUUCCUGAGAAGCAUGAAGCAGGAGCAGCUGGCAGAUUCUCUGCAGAUCAAAUCCCAUGCUGCUGGGUGCCAGCGUAAAUUCAAGUCUAAGCUGAAGCAGAGGGUCCAGUGUGUUUUUGAGGGCAUUGCUAAAGCAGGAAACCGGACCCUUCUGAACCAGACCUACACAGAACUCUACAUCACAGAGGGAGGGACCGGAGAGGUCAACGACGAACACGAGGUCACACAGAUUGAACGCGACUUCAGGAAACCAGACAGAGCAGAAAGAAGCAUCAGACAAGAAGACGUCCUCAAAGAGUCCGCUGGAGGAGACCGACCCAUCAGAACCGUGAUGACCAAGGGAGUGGCUGGCAUGGGGAAAACAGUCCUAACACAGAAGUUCACUCUGGACUGGGCUGAAGGCAAAGCCAACCAGGACAUCCACUUCAUGUUUCCAUUCACCUUCGGAGAGCUGAACGUGCUGAAAGAGAAAAAGUUCAGCUUGGUGGAACUUGUUCAUCACUUCUUUCCUGAAACCAAAGCAGCAGGAGUUUGCAGCCUCAAAGGGUUAAAGGUGGCGUUCAUCCUGGACGGUCUGGAUGAGAGUCGGUUUCCUCUGGACUUCAGAAACACCAAGGCCCUGACUGACGUCACAGAGUCCAGCUCAGUGGAUGAGCUCCUGACAAACCUGAUCAGGGGGACGCUGCUUCCCUCUGCUCAGCUCUGGAUCACCACACGACCUGCAGCAGCCAAUCAGAUUCCUCCUGGGUGUGUUGACAUGGUAACGGAGGUCAGAGGCUUCACUGACCCGCAGAAGGACGAGUACUUCAGGAAGCGAUUCAGAGAUGAGCAGCAGGCCACAACAAUCAUCUCCCACAUCAAGACGUCACGAAGCCUCCACAUCAUGUGCCACAUCCCAGUCUUCUGCUGGAUCACUGCUACGGUUCUGGAGAAUCUGCUGGAAACCAGUAAGGGAGGAGAGCUGCCCAAGACCCUGACUGAGAUGUACACCCACUUCCUGGUGGUUCAGAUUAAGGUGAAGAACAUCAAGUAUGAUGGAGGAGCUGCGACAGAUCCACCCUGGAGUCCAGACACCAGAAGAAUGAUCGAGUCUCUGGGGAAACUGGCCUUUGAGCAGAUGCAGAAAAAAACCCUGCUGUUCUAUGAGCCAGACCUGACAGAGUCUGGCAUCGAUGUCAGAGCCGCCUCAGUUUACUCAGGCGUGUUCACACAGGUCUUCAAAAAGGAGAGAGGCCUGUAUGAGGACCAGGUGUUCUGCUUCGUCCACCGGAGCAUUCAGGAGUUUCUGGCUGCUCUUCACGUCCAUCUGACCUUCAUCAGCUCUGGAGUCGACCUGCUGUCAGAUCAGUCGGCCUCCUGGUGGCCUAGUCUGUUUGGGAACGGUUCUGAUCUUAGCCGCCUUUAUCAGAGCGCAGUGGACGUGGCCUUACAGUGUCCAAACGGACACCUGGACCUGUUCCUCCGCUUCCUCCUCGGCCUUUCACUGGAGACCAACCAGACUCUGCUACGAGGCCUGAUUCCCCAGACAGGAAGUAGAUCACAGAUCAAGCAGGAAACAGUCCAGUACAUAAAGAAGAAGCUCAAUGAGGAUCUGCCUGCAGACAGAACCAUCAACCUGUUCCACUGUCUGAAUGAGCUGAGGGACGAUUCUCUGGUGGAGGAGAUCCAGCAGAACCUGAGAUCAGGACGUCUGUCCACACAGAAACUGUCUCCAGGCCACUGGUCGGCGCUGGUCUUCAUCUUACUGUCAUCACAACAAGAUCUGGAUGAGUUCGACCUGAAGAAAUACUGUGGCUCAGAGGAGGCUCUGCUGAGGCUGCUGCCGGUGGUCAAAGCCUCCAGCAAAGCUCUACUAAGUUGCUGUAGUCUGUCGGAGAGAAGCUGUGAGGCUCUGUCAUCGGUUCUGAGCUCCAGGUCAAGUCUCAGAGAGCUGGACCUGAGUAACAACGACCUGCGGGACGCAGGAGUGACGCAGCUCUGCCGAGGACUGAGCAGCCCACACUGUGAAGUGGAGACGCUCCGGUUGUCAGGCUGCCUGAUCACUAAGAAAGGCUGCGCUGCUCUGGCCUCAGCUCUGAGCACCAACCCGGCCCAUCUGACAGAACUGGACCUGAGCUACAACCAUCCAGGAGACUCCGGUGUGAAACUGCUGUCUGACGGACAGAAGGAUCCGAACUGGAGGCUGGACGCUCUCAGGAUGGAACCGGGAGGAUCACGGUGGGUCAGACCGGGUCUGGGGAAGUAUGCCUGUGAACUCAUCCUGGACACAAACACAGUCCACAAGAAACUGAUGCUGUCGGAUCAUAACAGGAGAGUGACGAUGGGGAGAGAGACGCAGGAUUAUCCUGAUCAUCCAGACAGAUUCAAGCACUGGAAGCAGCUGCUGAGCUCAGAGGGUCUGAGUGGCCGCUGCUACUGGGAGGUGGACUGGGAGGGAUGGGUUUAUAUAGCUGUGACUUACAGGAGUGUCAGACGGAAAGGAGACAGUGACGACUGCUGCCUGGGAGCAAACGCUCAGUCCUGGAGUCUGGGCUGCUCAGAUGAAACAUACUCCGUCCAGCACAAUAACGUUACAGAAGUCCUCUCUAAGCCUGGUUCUCACCGCGUGGGCGUUUACCUGGACUGGGCUGCUGGGACUCUGUCCUUCUACUGUGUCUCUGACAGGAUGAGCCACAUUUACACCUUCAGCACCACGUUCACGAAGCCCGUUUUCCCUGCUUUCAGGAUCAGGACGGAACCUUUUGAGUCCUCAGUUACGUUGUGUUAGAGUCCAGGAGAGGAAGCUGGACACUGUCAUUUAGUGUCUGUACGGAUCUUAACAAAAACAGACAAACAUCAGCGUUGUGAAAUCUUUCAAAGAAAGCUUUUAUUUUUCAUUUUUAAAACGGAGGUUAUGUGAGCUAUAACAUGCGUUUGUCCUGAGGUCUUGUUUCUGCACUUUGUUUCUGGAUUUGCUUCUUCUAGCUCAGCUUCAGUCUCAUCCUCAGAUUAUCGCUGAUUUCAUAAACUGGGAAUAGAAAAAUGCUAAAUCAGGCAUUGAAAUUUAUUAACAUUUGUUAAUUAUAACGAUACUGUAUAUUGUCAGUGUAUUGUCAGCAUCUACUAACUAUGAACACAUGAGCAGGGUAAGAGCCCAUCUUCAUCUUUUAUAUUAAUUUUUGACUUGUAGAGUUAGAAUUGUGGCAAAUACAGAAAUAAAGUAAGCUUAGUUGUUUAUAAUGUUUCUAUGAGAGCAGAUGUCAUAUUGCUGGUAAAUGUUCAUGUAUGACACAUGCAUGUAUUCUCCAUGGAACGUUGUUGUAAAUUUGUUAUUCUUGUACACAUUGUAAAUUAAGGUUUUUGGUACAGACCCAAUGAAAGUGAGAAUGAGUCUAAGGCAGAGGUUAAAUUCCAAUGCAUGAUUCAAUGAUAACUAUCGUUAUGACACAUGAUUCACACACUGGCGACAUUCAAAUCCUUUAAACUCACCUGUUUGAAAGAGAAACUGGCUACUUGACAGUCACACGGCAAAUUCAUGAUGUGGGCCCAGAAACGCUCUGAGACAGGAAACCGACACUUAGAACCCAAGUCAACAAAAGAUGAGGAACGUGUGUAUAGAACACCUUCAACACUCCUGAGCAGCAACCUUUCUAUUCAGUUUGGUAAAUAUGGAAUCUACAAAACCUACUGAUCAUUACUGUUGAUAAUAAGCCUGAUUAACACAGCGCAUGAUUAACUGCAUAGAUACAUAGAACAUAUGCAAUAAACAUGAGCCAAUGACA